AUGCUGGGAUUAUUUCUGCUGAGUUCUUCAUCUGCAAAAGCCGAGCCAGAGCUGCCCGAGGAGGAGGAAGAGGAGGAGGAGGAGGAGAGCUCAUGUCAAGGAGCGUUUGACCUCUAUUUCGUGCUGGAUAAGUCGGGCAGCGUGAAUCAGCACUGGGUACAAAUCUAUGACUUUGUGGAGAACCUGGCUGUGAAAUUCAAAAGUCCGAUGCUGAGGAUGUCCUUCAUAACCUUCUCCUCAGAGGCCUCCACCAUCAUGAAACUAACUGAAAACAGAGUGAACAUUCAAAAAGGCCUCGCCUCUUUGCGACGGGUGAUGCCGGGCGGAGACACCAACUUCAACAAGGGACUGAUAAAGGCCAACGAGCAGAUCUACAGAGAAAACUUUGGCACGGCGAGUGUGAUCAUCGCUCUAACAGAUGGCGAACUGCAGAAACAUCAGCUUAUCACGGCUCAGAACGAGGCCAAGAGAGCCAGGUCUCUGGGAGCCAUCGUGUACUGUGUGGGGGUCAAAGACUUCAAUGAAACGCAGCUGGCCACCAUCGCAGACACCAUCGAGCACGUGUUUCCAGUCCUGGGCGGCUUCCACGCUCUCCGAGGAGUCAUAGAUUCGAUCAUCAAGAAAUCCUGCAUCGAGAUCUUGGCAGCUGAGCCUUCCAGCGUCUGUGCAGGAGAGUCGUUCCAAGUUGUUGUUCGAGGAAACGGGUUUCUUCACGCCAGAAACAUCGACCAGGUUCUGUGCAGCUUCAAAGUCAACGACACGGUGACCAUCAAUGAGAAACCAGCCAGCGUCGAGGACACCUUCUUACUCUGCCCGGCUCCUGUCAUUGCUGAAGUUGGAAAGGUGAUCUAUCUGCAGGUCAGCAUGAACGACGGACUCUCCUUCAUCAGCAGCAACGUGCACAUCAACACCACCGAGUGUUUUGACGGGACCAUCCUGCUGAUCACCCUGCUGGUGCUCUUCCUCCUGCUGGCGCUCCUCUUCCUCUGGUGGUUCUGGCCCCUGUGUUGCACUGUGGUGAUCAAAGAGCCGCCUCCUCCUCCUCCUCCUGAGCCAGAGUCCGACGACGAUGACGACGGUUUUCCCAAAAAGAAAUGGCCGACCGUGGAUGCGUCCUAUUACGGAGGCAGAGGCAUCGGGGGCAUCAAAAGAAUGGAGGUGCGCUGGGGAGGGAAAGGCUCCACCGAGGAAGGGGCCAAGCUGGAGAAACCCAAGAAUGCGGUGGUGAAGAUGCCGGAGCAGGAGUAUGAGCCCUACGAGCCCAAACCCAAGAAACCCCACAGCAAGAGGGCGCCGCAGAACCGCAAGUGGUACACGCCCAUCCGGGGUAAACUGGACGCCAUCUGGGCUUUGUUCCGUCGCGGCUACGACCAAGUCUCUCUGAUGAGGCCUCAACCUGGAGAUCAUGGUCGCUGUAUAAACUUCACCCGAGUGAAGGAUGAGGCCAAGGCCCUGCCCCGCAGCCCCGGCGGAGCCCCUUGCCCCCCGCCUCCGGACUACAGCUCUGUGCCCCUCAGUGCCAGCCCUCCCUGCAAAGCGCUCCCCUGUGGCCAGCUGCCUCCGGGGCCUCCUCCCUCACGCACUCCUCCUGGUCUGCCCUGCGGUCCGCCCUCUCGCCCCCCUCCCACCCUGCAGCCCUGA